AUGAAGCAUAUGAAAGGAAGUGAAGCAGCAAAGCGGAACCGACUGAAGGACAGUAAGAAAGGACAGAGGAACAGACAAUUGAGCAGGACACAUGAUCUUCUACUGCAGGAGAUUUGUCAUGACUUUCUACAUUGCAACAUUUACCAUCUGACCAAGAAAAAGAUAGCUGAACAACAGCUGCAGAAAGUGGUGGACACAAUAAAUCAGACACGACGUGGAACCAAAAACGUCCACUUCUUUAUCAUGACGAAAUGGGAAAACAACACGAGCUUUGAUGUCGUCAUUGAAAUUUUCACUGAGAAGAAAUUAUCGGACAGAAAGAAAUACUGGGAGGACGAGGGAUACGAAUCGCCGGAAGUGUCCGACAUCUACGAAAUUAAGUCAGAAGAAAUAUUUAAGAUCGAAUUUGGAGGAAAUGUCUUCGAUGAUGAAUCAGUGACCGAAAGAAUUUUAGAGUUUCACAAGAAACGAAAAAUUAACCAUAUUGUUACCAGAAUCAUAACAGACGAAGUAGAAGAACCGAAAAUUAGAAUGCAAAUUCACAGAGGUAUUACUGUGCCUUAUGAGGAAAAGAUAAUAGUUACGGAGAAUAUGCUGUUUUGCUUCCAAUCACAGAAAAUAAAGGCGGAAAAGCGGGAAAAAUUAGAAUAUUCCAGACUCGCUGACAUGGGAGUGAAUCUAAAGUUUCCAUCACCACCUACCCCUGAACCGGAGGUAGUGAAGUCACCAUCUUUACACCAGUCUAUGGAAAUCAUAACAGAACCAGAGGCAGUAGAGCCACUGCCAGUUUCUCCUGCUUCACAACGAUCUGUGGAGAGCUUAACAGAGUUAUCCGAAGAGGCGAAGGAAGAGAACGAGAAAUUUAAAAAGGUGGCUGCAAGUGAAAACACUGAAAUUACGUAUUCUGUUUUGAACCCUUCCAGUAUAAAUGCACUCUGUAAAUGCUUUACUCUGGACGAGGCUGGUCUAUUUGCACUACAGAUGGGCCUCCCAAUCUCCAUAAAGCAGGAACUCUUCGAAGCAGAAAAUCCUGCUAAGGAAUUGACCUUUAGAUUGCUUCGUCUUUGGGGAGGAUCUAAGCAUAGUAGAGUAAGAAUCAGAAAAAUCCAUAAAGGAUUAAUGAUCAUCAACAGAAAAGAUCUGGCUGAAAUAUUUAAUAAAGCCUUCAAAGAGGAUCUUCCUUUUCCCGAUGACAAAAUUACCUCGUCAAUCUUGAACUACUCAAGAACAGAUUCAGAAGGACUCAUCUUCUAAACAUGUUUAGAGUGUUUCUGCACACUCCUAGUAGAAUUAGAUGUACCUUCGAGAAGA